GGAUCUCUCUCGGCUGCUUUUUCCCACUGGUAACUUCUAAGGCUGACAUCAGCAGCUGAUAGCACCAUGGCGACCACUGCUGCUGCUGCGUUUGAGGCCCUCAUGGAUGGAGUGACACGCUGGGAUGUCCCCAGAGGCCCCGUCCCCAGUGAACUCCUUCUUGUUGGAGAGGCCGCCUUCCCGGUGAUGGUGAAUGACAAGGGCCAGGUGCUCAUUGCUGCCUCCUCCUACGGCCGAGGCCACCUCGUGGUUGUGUCCCAUGAGGGCUACCUGUUGCAUGCUGGCUUGGCUCCAUUUCUCCUCAAUGCAGUGAGCUGGCUCUGUCCCUGCCCUGGGGCUCCCGUGGGAGUGCAUCCAUCCCUGGCACCUCUAGUAAACAUCCUUCAGGAUGCUGGGCUUGAGGCACAGGUCAAGCCAGAACCAGGAGAGCCCCUAGGGGUUUACUGCAUCAAUGCCUACAAUGACACCAUGACUGCAACGCUGAUCCAGUUUGUGAAACAUGGAGGGGGCUUGUUAAUCGGGGGCCAGGCCUGGUACUGGGCCAGCCAGCACGGACCUGACAAGGUGCUCUCCAGGUUCCCUGGGAACAAGGUGACAAGUGUGGCUGGAGUGUACUUCACUGACAUCUAUGGGGACAGAGACCGGUUCAAGGUCUCUAAGAAGGUGCCCAAGAUCCCACUCCAUGUCAGGUGUGGGGAGGAUGUCAGGCAGGACCAGCAGCAGCUCCUGGAGGGGAUCUCAGAGCUGGACAUCAGGACAGGGGGAGUCCCCUCACAGCUGCUGGUGCAUGGAGCCCUGGCCUUCCCUCUGGGGCUGGAUGCCUCACUCAACUGCUUCCUGGCAGCUGCUCGCUAUGGCCGGGGUCGGGUGGUCCUGGCUGCCCACGAGUGCCUGCUCUGUGCUCCCAAGAUGGGGCCCUUCUUGCUCAAUGCGGUCCGCUGGCUGGCCAGAGGCCAGACAGGCAAAGUUGGGGUGAACACAAAUCUAAAAGAUUUGUGUCCUCUCCUAUCAGAGCAUGGCCUGCAAUGCAGCCUGGAGCCCCAUCUGAACAGCGACUUGUGUGUCUACUGCUGCAAGGCGUACAGUGACAAGGAGGCUAAGCAGCUGCAGGAGUUUGUGGCUGAGGGUGGGGGGCUGCUGAUUGGGGGCCAGGCCUGGUGGUGGGCCUCCCAGAACCCUGGCCACUGCCCCUUGGCUGGCUUCCCUGGUAACGUCAUCCUCAACUGCUUUGGCCUCAGCAUCCUGCCUCAGACUCUCAAAGCAGGCUGCUUCCCCGUUCCCACCCCUGAGAUGAGAAGCUACCACUUCCGAAAGGCGCUCUCUGAAUUCCAGGCUAUACUGAACCACGAGAAUGGGAACUUGGAAAAGAGCUGUCUGGCAAAGUUGAGAGUUGAUGGUGCAGCCUUCCUACAGAUUCCUGCGGAGGGGGUCCCUGCUUACAUAUCCCUGCACAGGCUCCUGAGGAAGAUGCUACGAGGGUCGGGCCUCCCAGCUGUGAGCCGGGAAAAUCCAGUUGCCAGUGACUCCUAUGAGGCUGCCAUGCUCUCCCUGGCCACGGGGCUGGCUCACUCUGGAACCGACUGCUCCCAGCUGGCCCAGGGGCUUGGCACCUGGACCUGCUCCUCCAGUUUGUACCCCUCAAAACACCCCAUCACCGUGGAGAUUGACGGAAUCAACCCAGGCAACAGUGAUUGCUGGGUGAGUACUGGGCUCUACCUCCUGGAAGGACAAAAUGCAGAAGUCUCACUGUCUGAAGCUGCUGCCUGUGCUGGCCUGAGGGUACAGAUUGGCUGCCACACUGAUGACCUAACCAAGGCCAGGAAGCUAUCUCGAGCCCCUGUGGUGACUCACCAAUGCUGUAUGGACAGGACCGAACGGUCAGUCUCCUGCCUCUGGGGUGGCCUCCUCUACAUCAUCGUGCCCAAGGGCAGCCAACUAGGCCCUGUGUCUGUCACUAUCAGGGGGGCUGUGCCUGCCCCAUACUACAAGCUGGGUAAGACAUCACUAGAGGAGUGGAAGAGGCAGAUGCAGGAGAACCUGGCUCCCUGGGGAGAGCUGGCCACGGACAACAUCAUCCUGACAGUGCCAACAACAAACCUCCAGGCCCUGAAGGACCCCGAGCCUGUGCUCCGCCUCUGGGAUGAGAUGAUGGAGGCUGUGGCCAGGCUGGCGGCUGAGCCCUUCCCUUUCUGCUGUCCGGAGAGGAUUGUGGCUGAUGUGCAGAUCUCAGCUGGCUGGAUGCAUUCAGGAUACCCCAUCAUGUGCCACCUGGAGUCUGUGAAGGAGAUCAUCAAUGAGGCGGACAUGAGGAGCAGGGGUGUGUGGGGCCCCAUCCAUGAGCUGGGCCACAACCAACAGCGGCAUGGAUGGGAGUUCCCCCCACACACUACUGAGGCCACCUGCAACCUCUGGUCAGUCUACGUGCAUGAAACAGUCCUGGGGAUCCCCAGGGCUCAGGCCCAUGAGGCUCUGAGCCCUCCAGAGCGAGAGAGGAGAAUCAAGGCCCACCUGGGAAAGGGAGCCCCCCUGUGUGACUGGAAUGUGUGGACAGCCCUGGAAACAUAUCUACAGGUACUGAGCAGAAAUUCCGGUAGAAGGGGAUGACCAGACCCCUCAUUCAUGUAGCGACCUGGACCCCAGUAGCUCUCCAGCUCCUUCACCACUCCACCAGCCUGGACCACCACCUCCCCUGGAAAUGAGAGGGACUGGGCCGCAUGGUGGUGCUUCUUGGCUUAUACCCCUCUAAGGCAGAGGGAAUAGCACCUGUCUCACUCACCUUCUGAUUUUAAAAUGUAAGAGGAAAUGAAAAAUAUUCUGAAAAAAAUAGAAACAUAGCGUAUUAUUCAAGGGCAGAAACUCUGUUAGACAUUCCUGCAGCUGAAUCACAGCUCUUGCCCUCACUGGUUUUGUUCUUGGUCUCCUAAUAAGUGUUCCAUAAGUGGUCAUUGUUUUGUUUAGUUUUGUUUUGUUUCGCCUGAGUUUUAUAAGUCAAAUGAGUUACGCUUUUUUAUAACAGAGGGUGUCUGCAAUGCAGCUGCAUUACAAUAAGAAGGCAUUGUUGGAGAUAAAUCUGCUAAGAAAGGUCCCAGCAUCCAUCACCCCACUUGAAGCCAAAAUGAUUUAAAAUGAAGAACCAGUCAACCCAAUAGCAGAACACUGAAUUCAUAAAGCAAAUCUACUUCCUGUGAAAUAAACACAAAUCCCUGCCCCCUCCCCUAGCCCGGCAUUGAAUGUCAACGUUUUUGAGUUGUCAAUGCUGUUCCCCUUUCAGAUCUCCCGCAAUGUCUCCCACAGCUCUAGAGAAAGGAGCUGUCUGGCCCACAUUUCACAGAGGCACACACUAUUUUAAAGAAUUUAAGCAACCUGUCCAGUAGCCCCCAUUUAAAUGAAGGACCUAGAACUUAAAAUCAGGACGUAAUGACAAGCCCCAGGCUUUUGCAUUGCCGUACCCUCUCUUAGUUUUUUGUGCCUUUCACUAAUUUUCUGAAGAGUUAAUGUGAGACAGUCCCAGUCAAUGAGUUCACUUUGUAUUGCAUUCAUUUCCAUAUCCUUAGAUAGCCAGUCUGGGGGUAUACAGGACCACUGACCACCAUGGUAGGUUGCCCCUAAACUGUAAGUUUAAGCCCUAAUUCUGUCCUAGUCUACCUACUCACUGUGGAGCCCCGAAUAUCAGUUCUCAAUAGCUCUAGAGAGACCAAGUCUGAGACUUGGCCUCAGGACAAACAGUCACCUUCUGACUCCUCUUCCUGCUAGAGGCCUUCUCCCCAGCAUCCGUGCCGCUGCUGCCUUAGCACAGGCCUCGUUAGUCUCCCCUCAGUGUAUUCCAGUAGCCUUCUAAGUUGUCCCAGCAUCUUGCCUCAAUCCUCUAUGAUCCAUCUUCCUUACACUCCUUACAAAAUAAUGUUAAUACUCUGUCUAUAAAAUGCUUACAGUGUUCUCCAGCACAUAUAGGGUAAAGUCAAAGCUCAUUAGCAGGGCAUAGGAGGCC